UCGUGCUUAUUUUGUUUCAGAUACCACGUGUGACGGUACGCUGAGGGAAUAUCUCACGAUCCUGCGAGAAAGCUGUUGAUCAUUCAUCGUCGGCCAACAAUCGAAGCCAGAAACCAACCGUCGCUUAUUAGGAUUAAACAAAAAGACAAAUUGAUCUAACGUUAAGAUAAUAACUUUUGAUUUGCAAAUUUCGACGACUGCUUGUUACUCGGGACCCUGGAACGCGCGUACGCGUACGCGCAGAGCUUGACGAGAGGGUGAACUUGAUCUUAUCGCCCUUCGAAGGAUAAAUCGCAAGAAACUACAGUAGAGCUACAGCAGAACGAUAAUAUACUCGGCGCUGACGCUACGAAAGUAAUUAGUGUAAGAUCGAUCACUCGGAGGAGUGGAGAGUUCAUCCACGUGCACUGCCCGGAAAAGGGGGGGGGCGGAGGGGGAGGGGCGGAGUUCGAAUCUCACCGAAACAAUCAAUAGACUAUCACUUUUUGUAAGUCACGAGCAUUUGUAAAUACGAGCAUUGUCCUAACGAUUUUCUAACGACCGCGAAAGCUUGGAUCGUAUCUCGGAUGACACGAGCACCAUCUAUUCGACGACACGCUUUGUGACCGUGGGGACCAAAUGUCAGCGCGAGUAAAAUGAAUUGUAUCAGAUAGAAAGGAGCGUGACACGAGGUUAGGAAGAGGAGGAGGUUCGAGAGCCGGCAUGAAAAUUCCUCGACCCGUUGACACGGACGAGAGAGAAAGAAGAAAGGCAGGCUGUUGAAAGGCAGCAACGUCGAAGAAUGUAAUUCGCGUGGAGUCAGGGAGGAAACAGGGUGAGCCAAGGAACCGUGUAUCUUCCGGCGGAGAACUGCAACUCGCGAGCUCGCCGGGAUAAACGAGGUGGUGGGCGGCGGAGGGCGGAGAGCAAAAUGCCAGGGGGGACCUCGACGCGAGAGAGCAGCGAGGCGAUCCGGAUGGAGCCUCUAGGUAGAACCUCGAGUUCGCGGAGUCCCGGGCAAAACGGGACCGCCAACACCACCACCGAGGUGCCGAUAAACUCAGGAGACAGUAACACAGGAUUGCACAAACGUAGUAUUUACGAGCACAAUGGAAUCGUGUGUUCACAAAAAAGGGCUCUCUGCGUAGCUACCGUUGUCUUUGCGAUCCUUUUCGCCAUAUCACUCAUCAUUGCCUUUGCGGGACCACAAAAUGACUGCCCUUGCGCUGGAGAGAAGCCACCGAAUCUAAAAAUCGAGGACGAUGAAAAAAGCAGCGAGCCUCUUGCAACUAAUGGAGAGGUGUUUCCUUGGAACAACGUGAGGCUACCUACAUUCGCGCAUCCUACUAGAUACAACAUCACCAUCCAUCCGAACCUCACCACUUUAGAAGUAAAAGGACAGGUCACGAUCGAGUUCUACGUCGACAGAGAGACCAACUAUAUCGUCUUCCAUAGUAAAAAUUUGACAAUAAAUGAGAAAAUGGUUCAAGACCGUAAAGGCCACAGAUUAAAAAUCGCCAAGUUGCUGGAAUAUCCGAAACACCAACAGCUGUAUCUGGAGCUGGAGGAGAGUAAAUUUCGAAAGAGAGGGAAUUACACGGUGCACCUGAGGUUCAUCUCGAAGUUGACGAGCGAACUCGAGGGGUUCUAUCUCAGCAGCUACGUCACCCCGGAAGGAGAAAAGAGGUACCUCGCGACCACUCAUUUCGAGCCGACGUACGCACGCUCGGCGUUCCCGUGCUUCGACGAGCCGCAGUUCAAAGCAAAGUUUAAGGUCUCGAUAUUCAGGGACAGAUUUCAUAUCGCGCUGUGCAAUAUGCCUGUAAUGAACACCGAGGACGCCGGAUUUUACAUGGGCACGGGACUUCUUCGCGACGAUUUUCAAGAGUCUGUCGAGAUGUCGACGUACCUGGUGGCGUUCGUCGUUUGCGACUUCAAACGCGUUUCCGAGCUGACGAAGAGGAACAUCUCCGUGAGCGUGUACGCGGCAGAGGCGAUGCUCCCGCAGGCGAAAUACGCGGUGACCACGGCUGCUCGUAUAAUGGAUUACUUCGAGUCGUUCUUCGGAGUGCGUUACCCGCUGCCUAAGCAAGACUUGAUAGCUAUUCCGGACUUCGCCGCUGGCGCGAUGGAGAACUGGGGCCUAAUCACGUACCGGGAAACGUCCAUACUGUACGAUCCCCAAGAGACGUCAACCUACGCUCACGAAUGGGUGGCCAUAGUCGUUGCUCACGAACUGGCCCACCAGUGGUUCGGUAACCUCGUGACGAUGAAGUGGUGGAACGAUUUGUGGCUGAACGAGGGGGCGGCCAGUUUCUUCGAGUACAAGGGGGUGAAUCACAUCUCGCCCCAGUGGAGCAUGAUGGAUCAGUUUAUCUUAGACAAAACCCAGCCGGCGCUCGAUCUCGACGCGUUGGCCAGCAGCCACCCUAUUAGCGUGCCGGUUAAAGACCCGAACGAAAUCGAAGCGAUAUUCGAUGACAUUAGUUACAGUAAGGGCGCUUCCAUUCUCAACAUGCUUGAGGGCUUUUUAUGCGAGGACGUUCUGAAAAGCGGGCUGAACGACUAUCUGAAUUCGCACGCGUACGGGAAUGCAGACACGAACGACCUCUGGGCGGUCUUUACGAAACACGCGAAUAAUACUUUCGACGUGAAAGCUAUUAUGGAUACGUGGACCCAGCAAAUGGGUUUCCCUCUGAUAACGAUUACGCGUAACGGGAAUACCAUCACGGCGACUCAACAGAGAUUUCUAAUAUCGCCAAAAGAAAACGAUACCGAACAGCAAGAAUCAAAAUCGCCCUUUGACUACAAGUGGUAUGUCCCGUUGAGCUACUACACAGACAAAGAACCGCGCAAGAUUCACAACGUAUGGAUGAAUUUAACCGAUGUGACGUUCGAAAUACCCGCCGACGUGGAUUACGUAAAGUGCAACGUGAAUCAGAGUGGAUUCUAUCGCGUGACCUAUCCAGAGGAGAUGUGGUCGUCGAUCAUUGCUACCUUGUUGAACAAUCACACCAAGUUCAGCCCGGCGGAUCGUGCCAACCUAAUCGACGACGCGUUCACGCUCUGCGAGGCAGGCGAGUUGAACGCUACGGUGCCACUUGAAUUGUCCCUUUAUCUUUUGAACGAGAGGGACUACGUGCCGUGGACCACGGCGCUCGGGUACCUGCACUCUUGGAAAGACAGACUGAGCGAGAGUCCUGGCUAUAAGCGGUACAUCGCGUUUCUCAAGCAGCUGUUGACUCCAGUUACCAAAUACGUCGGUUGGGCAGACGAGGGGUCCCAUUUGAAGAAGUUGUUAAGAAUCGCAGUGCUUCAGUCGGCCGUGUCGGUGAAACUGGACGACGUUGUGAAGCCAGCGAAAAGUCUCUUCGAAGGCUGGAUGUUGCACGGCGAACGAAUUGCCCCGAAUAUACGAGACGUCGUAUACGUUGCUGGAAUCAAAUUUGGCGGCGAGAGUGAGUGGAACCACUGCUGGGAGAAUUAUCAGAAAACUCAGGUGCCGAGCGAGAAACGAGUGAUGUUGCAAGCGCUGGGAGCGACCACCGACUCGUGGCUGCUGCAACGUUACCUUCUGCGAUCGUUGGACCGAGAUAUGGUGAGAUCACAGGACGUCGAGACGGUUAUUGCGUCCGUCGCUACAAAUUCCGAGGGCCAGUUCCUUGCGUGGCGUCAUCUCAAAGCUUAUUGGCCUCAAAUACACGUUCUGUUCGGAAACGGAUCGCUGACCAUGGGCGGGCUGAUAUCCGUCGUGGUCUCUGACUUCUUCACAGAAUACGACUACCACGAGGUGUCGGAGUUCUUUAAGAAAGUGGAUGUCGGAAGCGGUCGGCGAGCAUUGGAGCAAAGCCUAGAAACAAUCAAGUUCAAUAUACACUGGGUGAAAGAGAACGCGGAUGUGGUUGAUCGAUGGCUCGUAAAUUAUUUGAACAGUCGCACGAGUUAACCCUUUGUUUAUCGGGAAUGGGACAAGAACGACGCGAAAUUAUCAUCCGUGCAUUCCGUGACGAUACUUACACUCUUCAUGGUGCUCAUCGACACAUGAUACCGUCUCGUCGUGUGACGCGAGAGUAAGUAAGACGUUUGUUACUGUCGGUGACCGAGACGACCGAGAGAAUCAUUUAUUUACUUAUAUACUUACUUAGUUAGGUAUAUACACAAUAAUUCGCAGAUCAAAAAAAAAAAAAA